GAAUGGGUAGGAGUGUAUUUCAAUGCAAAGAUACGGAUAUUUUGAGUUUUGACCAUUACCCAUAUUUCAUCGUCAUUAAUCAUUCACCAUAUCGUUGCAGAGAAACCCUAAAAAGGAACCAUUUAAAAUAUCUCUGAAACUCCUGCGUCUUUUCAUUCAUAGCAUGUGUUUUGGAUGCAAAAUCUCAGAAUAUGUACAAGGAAGUUUUCUAGGGUUUAUUCGGAGCUAUCGGUAAAUUUUUGGGCUUUUCUGGUGCAGAGAAAUCCGAAAAAGGUUUCCUGAACUCCAUUGAAGAAUUUGUCGGAGGUCCAAGCUUUCUUCUCUAAGAUCUGAAACUCUAUUAAAAGGUUACCAGAACUUUGAGGCGCAUGUUUUAGGGCGUAUAGAAGGCCCGCUCGUUCCUUUCAUAUCAUGUGAGAUCUUGUUUGCUCUGGAAAUCUUUUUAAUUCACAAAACCUCUUAACCCUAGAUCCCUGACCACAAUUUGCAAAAUGUACGGAAGAAUGGGUUUUCAGCCACAUAGAGGGGUGCCCUUAUGCUAAUUUUUUAAAGUCACUGAACUGAGCCACUCAACAGAAAUUCAAUUCUGAGUGCAGUCAAGCUAUCACAAAGGGAACACCUAUUGUUUUCAGUAUUGAACACUUUUUUUGGUUGUUAUAUGAAAAUUAUAAGCAUGAGAUUUCAUUUGCAUUUUGUAGAUGAACUUUAAUUCGCAUUUUAUACUUGGAGUGAUGAACGUUAAUUCAUAGUAUAAUUUAGGUAGUAUUCAAAUAUAUCAAUAAGAUUUUUGGAAGUUUGAAUUUUGGUUAAGCUUGAAUUCUGGUUCAGAAUGAACCAUAUAAUGGAUCAUGAGGAACUAGAACUAGAGGAAGAACAUGAAACUCCAAAUCAAGUUGAUACACAAAUUGAAGAACCCAAUUUGACUGGAGACCCAUCUGAAAGCUCAGAGGAUGAUAGCUCUGAAGCUGAAGAAGAAACUCUAUUAGAUAGCCCCCCUGUUUUUGUUGAGCCUUCUGAUGAACCCAACUCUUUAAUUCAAAACAAUGACCAAAAUCUAGACAAUAGAAACAAUGGAGUAAGAACCCCAAUAGCUAUUGAGGACCAAGUUCUGAACCAGUCUGGUGUGGCCCAUGAAGAUUAUCAUCCCAUAAAUGGAGACCUUGCAAAGAAUGUCAAGAUUGAGGAAGAGAAUGGAUUGAAGGGUUCACACCAUGAAAAUGGUGAUAAUUUGGAAGACAUCCGAGCCCAAGGGAAUGCGAGUGAGGUCCGACAAUCUGAGGAAAAUUGCUUGCCAUCUGUGGCUAUGAAACAGGAAGUAAAUGCAGAUGGCUUAAACCAUUCUUUCCCUCUUGAUACUCGAAUAGUAGAGGGUGAUGAUUCUGGUACAGAGGAGGAGCAAGCUGCAUUUAUGAGGGAGCUGGAGGCUUUCUUCAAGGAAAGGAGCAUGGAAUUCAAGCCCCCAAAGUUUUAUGGAGAGGGCUUGAAUUGUCUCAAACUGUGGAGAGCUGUCACUAGGUUGGGUGGUUAUGAUCAGGUUACUUCAUGUAAAUUGUGGCGCCAAGUGGGAGAGUCUUUCAAGCCCCCAAAGACUUGCACUACAGUCUCAUGGUCAUUUCGAUGUUUCUAUGAAAAGGCACUUUUGGAUUAUGAAAGGCAUAAAACCCAUGGUGGUGAGCUCCCAACACCUGCUGCUUCUCAUCAAGAUCCUUCGAUGCCUUUGGCUGGUGAUGGCCAGCUCACCAACCAAGCAUCUGGAUCAGGUAGGGCUAGAAGAGACGCAGCAGCUCGUGCCAUGCAAGGAUGGCACUCUCAACGCCUCCUGGGUAAUGGUGAAGUUGGGGACCCAAUUAUCAAGGAUAAGACCCCAGUUUCUUUAAUUAAGCGUGAGAAGCAACUAAAGAAUCUUGGGACUCCUAAAAGAAAGAAGCCAUCGUCCUUGGAACGUGCCGUUAAAGCUGCCAGAACAAAAUCCAUUACAAAGCCACAGAUGGAUACAAUGGUUGUUGAUGUUGGGCCAUGUGCUGAUUGGGUGAAGAUCAAUGUUAGGCGGACUAAAGAUUGCUAUGAAGUUUAUGCUUUAGUUCCUGGGCUUCUGCGUGAGGAGGUACGUGUACAGUCCGAUCCAGCAGGACGUCUGGUCAUCUCUGGUGAGCCGGAGCAGCCUGAUAAUCCUUGGGGUGUUACCCCCUUCAAGAAGGUUGUGAGCUUGCCUUCGAGGAUCGAUCCACACCAGACAUCUGCAGUGGUCACACUUCACGGGCAGCUCUUUGUGCGCGUGCCUUUUGAACAGUCAGAAUUAUAACAUGCUCUAGCUUCUGAUGGUCCCCUUUCAUGGCUCUUGGAUAUUUUGUGAUCUUCAUACACAGAAAAUUAGCUGAAAAUUUCUGAAAAUUAAGGGCAAAGAAAUGAAGAAUUCCAAGGGAAACAGGGAAGCUGACUGUAUCCAUGUAAAUGGGGUGGGCCCAUGUUUUAGGGGGGCCCUAUUGAUUUGGGAUGCUGAUCUACUUGAAAGUAUGUGAUGAUGCCAUGUGGCCGUGGAGGGCUGGUGAACAUGGUGCCUGUAAUUAUAUUAUUAGGUUUUAACUAUGGGUGGCUAAAGCUCGGUGUUGGUCACAAUGGCCUCCCUUAACAAGUAGGUUCUAACAAUUUCUUUUUGGAUUUAUAUAUUGGAAAGUAGCUAUUUAGAGUAUUGGAAGGUUCACAUGCGUUACUGUCCUUUUUAUUUGACUCCUUUUUAUGUUGCAAAUGAUGUAUAUCUCUACAUGAUAAUUAGAUAUUGUUUAUCUCUUUAAGGGCUUGAGUUC